CAUGGCCACAGGCGAGGCCGACUCCGAGAAGGGCUUCGACCCGCCGCCGCCGCGCCGCGUCUCCACCGCGCCUGUUGCAGGCCCGCUGCGCCUGCGCCAGGGGCGGGAGGACGACCGGCGGCUGAGUGGGAUUUCAGAGUCCUCGAUCGCCUCCUCACUCACACACGCGAGCUCGGAGGACUCGUCGGGCCUGCCGCGCAUCGACACGCGUGCGUCCGUCGCGCCUGCGUACCCCGUGAUCCUCGGGCGCAAGAAGACACGCUAUAUCCGCCUGCCGGUGCUUGUGCGCCCGCUGCGCGAAGCCGGGGGCCCAUGGCUGCGCGCGGAGGAUACGGCGACGAUGUGGCUGUCGCUGUUUUAUGACCUCGCGGUCGGAGCCAUCCUCUCCGCGUUCAACGGCAGCCACGAGCUGCAGACGCCCGGCGAGAUGCCGAGCUACUUUGGGUACUACGUCAUGAUCGUUUCUAUAUGGACGACGCAGCUGCACUACGACAUGCGCUAUGAAGGCGACGACGCCGUCCACCGCCUCUUGAAACCCCUGCACCUCGUGCUCUUCGUGUACAUUGGCGCGGCGUCGGGCGGGUGGGACCUCGCGAAGAUCAGGCUGCCGCAGUACGGCGCGACGUCGUCCUCGGACGCCGUGGACCACGACCUUGCGGCCGACAGCUUCUUGACUGUCGCGAUCGCUGUUGCUCUGCACCGCGGCCUCCUUGUGGCGCAGUACAUCAUGGUCAUCGUGCUGGGCCACAAGGCGGGGCGGCCGACGUCUUCGCAGGCCUUCUUCGCCAUCUCGUUCGCAGUUACCUGCAUACUGGCAAUUAUCGCCGCGACCAUCCCGGCGCGCGAUACGGGGCUCUCCGCCGCCAAAAUCACGUUCAUGUAUGCCAGCGUGCUCGUCGACCUCGGCGCUAUUCUUGUGCAGGUCGUCUGGGGCGUGCAGGUGCCUGUGCGCUGGCACAAGGUUGCCGAGCGAUACGGGAGCCUCACGCUCAUCAUUCUCGGCCAGGGGUUCGCCAAGCUUACGACCGUGUUCCAAAACUCGCUCACAGGCCUGGGGCAGCGCGAUACGACGACGUACGCGCAAGUGUUUCUCGCCAUCGGGGUCAUGUACAACCUCUGGUCGCUCCUCUUCGCCAAUUUCCGGCAGGAGGUGCCUGUGGACGCGGGCCGGACGUGGCUGUACGAAAUCAUCCAUUUCCCGCUACACUUCUGCAUGCUCCUCCUCCUCUUGGGCAUGGUGAAUGCCGUCACGCUCAACUCGUUUGCCUUUGGCAUUGUAGACGUCACGAACAAGUACCUCACGGCAUACGCGUACGCCGCGAACGGCGUGCCGCUCACCGCGGCCCCGGUCCGGCGCCUCGCGGUCGAGAUGAACCGGCUCGACACCACGCCCGACUUUGAAGCCGAGUACGCGCUGAUACAGGGCAUGGCGAACGGGACGAUUGCGUCGGACCCGCUCCUCGAGUCGUGGACGUACGUCGCGCAGCUGAUCUACGCGGCGUGCGAGAAGAGCAGCGUCGUUGUGAACGGGGAAGCGGACGACCUCCUGACGCAGCUGUACUCGAUCGACCAGAACGCGACGUCGCCGGGCUUUGACGUGGCCGCGAGUCGCGCGCAGGCGGAGAACCUCGCGUUCCGCGCGCUCAACUCGAUCGUGCGCACCGCGCUCACGGGCACGCUGUGGCUGUUCCCCGCGGCGGGGGCCACGCUCGUGCUCUGCGCACUGCGCAGUAUGACGCGGUACCACUUUAAGGGCGCGACGCACUGGGUCGUGCACGGCCUCCAGUUGGGCUUUGGGGUCGCGCUCGGCCUCCUCGGCUUGCUGAAUAUCGGGAGCGGCGAGGUCGGCGUCGAGUGGACAGAGGAGAUGGACGUGCACAGGCCGAUAUACGAGGUUGUGCUCGCGAAUAUGGGGCUGGCCGUCGUGUUCCUGUCGUAUACCGCCGUCGUGCUCGGGUCAUCGCUGUGGAUCGAGUGCAUCGAGCGCAAAGACGAGUGGAAGGAGUGGUGGUGCCGCGUGUUCAAGACGGCUUCAUCAGAGGGGGAGGGAGAGGAACACGAGUAGUGUUGUUGUAUUGGGUUCUUGGUGCGUCGUGCAUGGACAUGGACACGACCGCGGUGACAUGUCACGCUCGCCCGCUUGCGGCUGUGCGCGACGCGUCUGGUGGUCUAGGCUCUGGUCUCGGCGCUGCUGCGGCGCGAGGUAAAGGGAGAAGGGAGGCGGGAUGAUCUGGUCAUUACACGCUCGGCGUCAGUCGCUACUCGUACUGGCCAGGCCUCGCCGACGGUCAUUUUUCCUAUGUGCUUGAUGUGAUCAGCCGUCGCCGCCACUUGCGUACUGUGUGCUUGGCAUUCUCGUCCAUGAUCGUCCGCCACAUUCUGAACCGCCGAUCCACCCAUCUUGACGCUCGAU